UUUCAGCUUAUAAGAAAGAUAAUGAGUUAGGUAGUAUAGCAGCUAGCAGAGAUAUUAAAAAUGUUAAAAUUUGUAUCAUAGAUAUAGAGAAGGCAGUUAUACAUAGAGUAGUAAAAGAUAAAAAGAUACAAGUAGAACUAUGUAGAUUAGCUAGAAUUAUUAAAGGAAAAAAAGA